AUCUCACUUACAGCGAACACACACACACACACCCCAAACACACACAGUGUUGCAGAAAUGGUCACGGCGGUCCUUUGUGGUUUUUUUUCCAUCCCCCCUCCAUACUGAGUGUGAGAAUCAAAGGUUACCAAGUUAAAAGCUCUUUUCUGGGUCUUUCGUUCCUUUUCAUUGUGUGGCAAUGGGAGGCACGUGUUGGCAUAUCGGCUUGGAGCUCCGGGAUUCGUUAGCAGUAGUACUGGAACGUGACAAGCAGCCCAGAACUUGCGGGCCCUGUUCUCCCAGCCUGACUCAACCCCAGCCUGGGCCCCCAGCUAUAACCUCAGUACUGAGACUGGCCGUCUCUCAUCCCCCCCCAACCCCACAGAGGCCCCAAUUCCUGCCAGAUGAACUCGGCGCCUGACGCCGAAUCUCGAGCGGCCUGUGCUUUGUCUCGCCAAGGCCUGUCAGGCCCCUCAAACAAAUGGUGGAAACCCAAUAGGGGCCAGAUGCUGGAGCCCAUCCGCCAGGGCACUUGGGAUCUUGCAGUGCAGGGCACAGUGGCUCUCAGUGCUGGUCACCUGGGUCAAGAGCAGUGGAACAGAAGGCGUUUGUUUCCCUUCUGCGUGUGAGACAAAUGGAGCUGUGUUUAGAACCCUGAAAAGGUUAAAUUUGAAUUUACAUUUCAGGGAUACAGGUAAUAUGGUGGUUAAAGACUGGGGCCCAGGGUCCAGGACGGGCCCUUCUGGAGCACCCUAGGUGGGGGGACGUGUGUCAGUGUUGGUACCUUUUGGAUAAAAGCAUUAGAUAAGUCUCAAUGGAAAUUUAAGGUAUCCUAAGAUGGCAUAGCAUUGGAAUCCACACACAGUUAUAAAACACAUUAACUCUUACUUUUGUUUAAAGCAUUAAUGUUUUCAGUUUUUUAACGUUGAAUUGAUUGACCAGGAAAAUACAGCCGGACCAUGGGGUUUGUGCUCAGACAGCUGAUGUAAUUGUUCUUACUCGCACAUCCGUUACUGAGAGAAAUCCCUCUGUGUCUUUUUCUAGUCCUCCUUUCUGCGUCUGUUGCAUGUGACGUGCUCCUGGGGUUAUUUACAAAGCAGCCAAUAAAGGGGUGGUGAUUCGUUUUUAAACAGGAAAUGUUUCCUUGCCCAGCACACUUGCUUAACUGUUUAUUAAUCCUUGAGUCUCUCACAGUAACCCUGUCCAGAUAAAUUUUGCAUAUUUUUCUUUGUCUUGGUAAAAACUGAGAUAUCUCCAGUGUACAUUCACAGCUGUGAGAAUCUGAUGCAGACUUUGGAUUGCAGGCUUUGCAGGGUGUUGGGGUUAAUCCAGUCCCUCGCUGCUGUAAAAGCCGGCUGGGAGCCACACAGGGAGCCCACUGCCUCUCCCUCUUCCUCAACAGGAGGCUAGCGUCUGUUUCCAUUAACAUGGAACCACAGCUCGUGAUGAGUUUAGAGCACCGUUUCUCCCAGUCCUGCACCCGGACUCUAACAAGACGGUAGACGACGAUGCGAUGGGAGCGUGAGAGCGUGGAUGAGGUUUGGCGUGGCGAAAGCUGAACGAUGCCCAAAGGUGGGGCCUCUAAAACGCCCCAGCUGGAGGACUUCCCACUCAACACCGACAUGGUGGAGAAGCAGACUGGGAAGAAGGAUAAAGUCUCUUCAACCAAGACUCCCAAACUAGACCGCAGCGAUGGACUUAAAGAGAUGAAAGAGAAGGCUCCGAAGAGAAAGCUGCCCUUUACUGUCGGAGCCAAUGGAGACCAGAAGGACUCAGACUCCGAGAAACAAGGCCCCGAACGCAAGCGGAUCAAGAAGGAGCCCACCAACACCAGGAAGUCAAGCCUGCCAUUUGGGAUGGGCUUGCCGGGGCUCCGGGCCGGGUACCCUCUCUCGGAGCGGCAGCAGGUGGCCCUUCUCAUGCAGAUGACGGCAGAGGAGUCGGUCAACAGUCCAGACACAACACCAAAGCACCAGUCCCAGUCAAGUCUGGGCCAGAAGGGAACACCAAACUCUGCCUCAAAAACCAAAGAUAAAGUGAACAAGCGCAACGAGAGGGGAGAGACGCGGCUGCACAGGGCGGCCAUCCGUGGUGAGGCACGGCGCAUCAAGGAGCUCAUUAGCGAGGGUGCUGACGUGAACGUUAAAGACUUUGCAGGUUGGACCGCACUGCAUGAGGCAUGCAACAGGGGUUACUAUGACGUCGCAAAGCAGCUGCUGGCAGCCGGGGCAGAAGUCAACACCAAGGGCCUGGAUGAUGACACUCCGCUGCAUGAUGCGUCCAACAAUGGGCACUUCAAGGUAGUAAAAUUACUCUUGCGAUAUGGAGGGGAUCCGCGUCAAAUCAACAGGAAAGGGGAGACGCCUCUAAAAGUGGCCAACUCCCCCACCAUGUUGAACCUGUUGCUUGGUAAAGGCACUUACACCACCAGUGAGGAGAGCUCUUCAGAAUCCUCAGAAGAAGAAGAUGCACCAUCAUUUGCUCCAUCAAGUUCUGUUGAUGGUAAUAACACAGACUCUGAGUUUGAGAAGGGCCUGAAACUGAAAGGGAAGAACCUAGACCCACCCAAAACCACAGUGACUCCUGUGAAGGACGAGUAUGAGUUUGAUGAGGAUGAUGAAGAGGAGCGGGUCCCCCCAGUUGAUGACAAGCACUUGCUCAAGAAAGAAUUCCGCAAGGAUUCUACGAGCAAAGCCAACAGCUUAAUUUCCAUCCCUAGAAUGGAAGUUAAAACCUAUUCCAAAACCAACUUGCUGACACCAAAGAAGACUCCGCGGCGAAUCCUUUCUGAUACCAACAGCUCAGAUGAGGAUGACCAGACCUUUUCACGAGCUCCCAUGGCAAGGCAACCGACAACGACAGCAAAUGCCAAAAGGCGAGACUCUGGAACUCUGAAUUCCAAGCAGCAGAAAGAAAAGAAUAAAGUCAAGAAAAAGAGGAAGAAGGAAACUAAAAACAACACCAACAAGGAAGUGCGGUUUGAAAAAAUCAGUGACAAGUUCUGCACUUCUGAGUCAGAUAGUGGGGAUGUGGAGAGCGAGGAUGAUAAAGGCUCUAUGAAGAGCUCAAACUGUGUUAAGGACUCUAAUCCUCUGAGCCUUAAAGAAUCAUGUGUCUUCAGUUCACUCUCUGCAUCGUCCACUUCCUCUCAUGGCAGUCUGAGCUCUCAAAAAAUGCCGCAGUCUUUGGCAGAGCAGCACCCCAAGCAGUGGAGAACAGAUGGCUGGAAGACUGUGUCCUCUCCAAUGUGGUCAGACGUCAGCUCCCUUUCAGACUCUGUGAGAACUAGACUCUCAAGUGAGUCUGACUUCUCAUCGGCUGACUCAAGCAUAGAGUCUGUAAAACACAUGAAGAAGAAAGCACAGGAGAAUAGGAGGAACAGUAUGCAUGGCAACUCAUUGGAUAAGAAAAGUUCUUUGGAAUUCACCAAGAACUCCAACUUGGAUGGAUCGGUCUCCAAGGCUGACAAAGAUGGAAAAGUGUUAAAAAAACAUAAAGUAAAACACAAACACAAAAAUAAAGAAAAGGAGAAGCCUCCUAGCCUCGUACUUAACCAAGAUAUGAAUGAAAAAUUUGUGAAAAGUUUUUCCUUUGAUUUUGACACACGACAAAAGUCACUCAUCAUGGAAGCAGAGUGUCCUGCAGAAAGUAAAGCCAGGCUCUCUAAACAUGAAAAAGACCAUUUUAAAAAGGAUGACAGGCUGUACAAAGGCAAACUGGAGGAUAAGGAAUGGACUCCUGGAAAAGAGAGUAGCAGAGCAUCUAAAGAGGAGAAAAUGAAGAAAACAAAAGAAAUUUCAAAGGAGAAGACAAGCCGUGAGGACAAGGACAAGACCCUGAAAGCUGAUAAAGACAGAAGCAUAAAGGACAAAGAGAAAGCUAAGGACGAAAAGCAAAAGACCCACAAGGAUGAAAAAAGGAAGAAGUCCAGGGACAAAUCCUCCAAAACAGACAAGAAGCCUGAACAAAUCGAGGAGAAAUAUUUCAAAUUGGAGAAAGAAAAAAAUGUAAAGGAAGAUCGUGAAAAAUCAUCGAAAAAGGACAAAGUACUUAAGGAGGAGCCUGAUUAUGAGGACUAUGAUAUUAAGAACCAUUUUUUAGAGGACAGCAAGCUCAGUCCCUCGGAUGAUGACCAUGAUCCCUGGGUCUCAGACCUGUCCUCUCAAUCCUCUCUCUAUGGAGAUGAUAGCUGGGAUGUUCCAAUAAAAGAGCACAAAGGAUAUAAGUCAAACACGGUCAAGCUUAUUGUAGAGACAGUGAAAGAUGAUCGAGAACGGAGAAAGGACAACAAAGUAAAGGACAAAAAGCAAGAACACAGCGAAAAGCGUAAUGAGAGAGAGACUGCAUCCAAAAAGAGAGAGUUUUCAGAGAAAGGGAGUGAAAAGAAGAAGGAUUCUGAUAAAUUGAAGCUGAAUUCUAGCUACCUUUCUGAAAAGGACAAAAAGAAGAAAGAGUCUGCUGACAACAUCAAGGAAAAGAAGGACUCUGGUGACUGUGGUAGAGACAGAAAAGACCCCUAUGACUUCACAAAAGAAAGGAAAGAUUUCCGAUUUAAACAAGAUGAUUCUUUGAGAGAUGAGUAUGGUAGUGACAACUUCUUUAAAGAUAAAUCUGAUAUUGACUCUUCGGUAAAGCUGAUAGAGGCCAGAGAGCGAAACCACUCUGGAAAAGAUAAGGAAAAGAAAGCAGAUGGUUUGGAGAAGAAGGAUAAAUUAAAAACUGACAAAAACAAAGAGAAACCUAAAAAUAUCCAGGACUCAGAGAAGGAUAGGACAGAGAAAAGCUCUGCUGAAAAACCUCCAAAGGAGAAGGACACUGACAGAAACUCAAAGGAUAAGAAGGAAGCCGCAAAGGAGAAAUACAAAGACUCGUACAGUAAAGACAAAGAGAGGAAGUUAUCUUCUGAGCAGAUUAAAGAAAAGAAAGAUAAACACAGUGAGAGAGACAAAGAUUUCCUAGACAUAAUGAAAGAAGAACGAAAACCCGAGAAGGUAAGGGAAAAUACCUGGAGCGAUAUUGCAGACAUUUUCACAGAUGAGAGUGAAGAUGAAGACGACGAUUACGGUGGUUGUGUAGGUCUGUCAGACUUGCAACGGAAAGAUCCCACACCUGACAGGGAUGAGGUGGAUGCCUUCCUUGAGAAACACAGAAAGUACUCCACAGAAGGGAAGCAGCACUCGGAUAAACAGAAAGAAAGGGAGUAUAAAGACAAAAAGAAACUUUCAUCCGAUGGAGGAAAAGAGAAAAAGGGUUCUGACAGACACAAAGAUAAAAAGGAAAAGGACUCUGGAGAUGGCUUAAAACACAAAGAUCGCAAGGAGCGGGUAUCUGUUGAUUCAAACCAGGAUAAGAAAAAUAAGCAAAAGUUACUGGACAAGAGGUACUCGACUGAAGAUAAGCUCAAAGGAAAAUACAAGGAUAAAGUUGACAAAGACCACCUGAAGGACAGGAAGCUCUUCAAGGGCAGUGGUGAGAAUGAGAAAUCUCUGUUGGAGAAACUGGAAGAGGAGGCCCUAAAUGACUACAAGGAUGAUUCCAAUGACAAAAUCAGUGAGAUCUCUUCGGACAGUUUUACUGAUCGUGGCCAUGAGCCAGUGCUCAGCAGCUUCUACGACUCCUCCAACAACAGCCUACCAGAUAUCGCUGAGGAGAGGAGGGACUCUCUCUCCAUUUCUUAUCCACAAGAUAAGUUAAGGGAGAAGGAAAGGCACAGGCAUUCAUCGUCAUCCUCCUCCAAGAAGAGCCAUGACAAGGACAAAGAAAAAGUAAAAAAAGAGAAGGCUGACAAGCGAGAAAAACUAGAGGAGAUAAAAGACACUUACAGGCGAAGAGAGAGUCUACCCUUUGAAAAGGAGCCCAUGCCUUUGGAGGCUGACCCAUAUACUUUUCCCUAUGGGACUAAGCCUGAUGGAGAGGAUGAUUUGGACAAAACAGAGUUUGAAAAGGAGAUGUUUAAAAAAGCUGCCAAGGAUAAAGCUAGCGGUGUCAUCAAAGACAAGAAGAAAAAGACUAAGGAAAAAGUAAAAGAGGAGAAACACAAAUACACUGAAAACACUUUGAAACACUCAAAAGAAAGUCCUCAGACAACUAAUUUAAAGGAAAAGUCGAAAGAAAACAAGGACAGAAAUAAAGAUAUUUUGGACAAAGAUGGAAGGACUGAUUCUGUUAAGAUGAAAUCAAAAGAUGAUGACAGAGUUAAUCAAUCUAGAGACUCAAUUCGCAAAGACAGCCGUCCACGAGAAAAGCUUUUGGUCGAUGGUGAUCUCAGGCUAACAAGUUUUGGAAAAAUGCUUAGCCAAAAGGACCAAGAAAUUGAAGAGCGCCAUAAAAGGCAUAAGGAGAGAAUGAAGCAGAUGGAAAAGCUGAGGCACAGAUCUGGAGAUCCCAAACUGAAAGAUAAAACCAAAUCCAGUGAAGAGUUGCGCAAGAAUCGCACAGAGUCUUCAGUGAAGAAAACAAAUUCAUUUGAAACUUUGAAAGAGAAGAAGCUCAAAGACACAAGCCUUCCAUCGCAGAUAAUGUCUCCUGAAAGAAAGUCGCAGCCUAUGGACAGUCAGAAUACAAAAGAUUGGCUAUCUGGGCAUCCAAUGACAGAGAACCUACCUGCAUCACCAAGGCCGGAUCAAAAUAAGCUAACUGGUGUUCCUACUCCUACAUCAGUGAACUCAUGUGAAGAAGUCAUGCAAACUCCACGCACUCCAUCCUGCAGUGCAGAAGACUAUCAUGAUCUCAUGUUUGAUGGCAUUGACUGUCCAAACUCAUGUACUAUGCCCUAUAUCGAUAGAUAUUCAAACACAUCACAUAGUAUCCAAGAAAAUGGCUGCCUAACUCCAGCAAAGAACCUUCAGAUGCCCACACUUAGUCAUUCUGCUUCAGAUGAUGUCAAAAGGCCUUUGGAAGAGGAAUUCAAAAUGGACUCAGACCAAAACUUCCUCCUAAAACAAACUAUGCCCGAUUCUGAGUAUGAGCCCACGGCACCACACCCUCCAGAGGAGAAGCUUGUGUCAGUUGACAGGCUUGAUUGCAUCUCUCAUCCAGGUUUUUCACCUGAUAUCGGAAUGCCGUCCCCAAGGCUUGAACCAGCUGAGCCUGCUUCAGAUGGGGCUUCAGCUGCCACAGCUGACACUGAUCACCUCCCUGACAACGUUUACAAUAACCUGUUGCUCAAGCCAUCAACUCCAGUGCACAGACCUGAUCCUCAGGAGUCCUGUAUGGAUAUCGUUGCCCCUCCUACUCCUGCCCCUGCAGUUCUCCCUCCACUGGAAAUUGAUCUGUCAGAGCCCCACCAUCUUUUGCCUCCCUCACCACACAGCGAGCCAAGUCUAGUCUCCUCUGAUCCUGUCAAUCCAGAUGUCUUUGUGCCACCAAGUGAGCAAAAACUUGAGGACCGACAUGAGGAGGAGGAGGAGGAGGAAGAGGAUGAAGUCGAGGAGGAAGAUGAUGACGAUGAGGAAGAUGAUGUAGAAGACUUAGAAGGUGACAAUAAUGUUGGAAAGCCAGCAGAGCAUCCAAGGGAGAGCUGUACUUUUGUUCCAUGUGUUACCGGGCAUUUGAAAAGAGACUGGUCUGAAUCUCCAGAGAGAACUGAACCAGAGGAUAUAAAGUCACAUAUACCUAGUCAGCCUCCUGUAGACACCAUAGAAGAUCCCAGUGAUCAUAGCGGAAUCAGCUGGACAAUGAACACUGAGAUACUCUUGAAAUCACCCCAAAGGCCUUUUAUGGAGUUGCCACUGUCCUCCAAGAUCAUUCCUGGCCCACCUCCUGAAGAUGGUCUGCAACAGCAUCUCUCCAUGGCAUUGCCUUGUCCUCCAUCAGAAACACCACCCUACCCAGUUUUUUCUCGGUCUUACUGUCCUUCACACAAUCCAGAGUCAGAUUAUGAGGGCCAGAGGAAUGCUGCAGAUGAAGUCACUACUCCAUCAAAGUCAGUUUCAGCACCCGUGGAGACUGAAUUAAACUUUAUAUCCUCCAACAGAUUGGAGUGCUUUUUCAAUGAGUGCAAGCAGUCUUCAGAAGAUUGUGGGGUAGCUUCAGAAUCUCAGUGCUUAGGGGAAGACAACCAUCAGGAUUCCCUUAACUACAUAGUUGAAAACAGUGUGGCCCCACCUAUUAGGCAUGAGCCAGUGGUACAGUGGCCAGACCCUUUUACAAGUGCAGUGGAUGAUUUAGAUUAUCUGCCAUUCUCCCUGCCAGACUUGCCACUGCAAGACAAGGAAAUGCAAGACCCUUCUAUGGAAGAUCCAGAAUUGUCUGACUAUAAGCAUGCCCCUGUUCCUGUUGAUUCACCACUUAAUGAAGUCAAAGAUGAGUCUGACUGUAAUCCACUAGACAUACCAGGUGAAUCUGAUGCCCCUUGUUCUCCUGCCGUUGUGCCAUUAAGUGGGCCUGUACAGCAAUGCCUUCCAAGUUCAGAAAGCAACAGCCAAUCUGAGCAGGAGUUGGAACCAGAACUGCAGAAAGUUCCUGAGAAUGACUCUGUGGAUAUGGUUCCUCCAAAGGAUGAGGUGGUGGAGGAUGAGAGAGAUGGACAUCAUGGUAACUUGCAGUUUAGCACUGCUGACUGCAACAGUAACGAGGAAUAUUCUUCUGUUGACUCUACAGUAAACAAUGACCAGUCCAUUCUAAAUACUCUUCCUCCAUGUCCUGAGUCCGCAAGCAGUGUGGACUUGGACAGCACUAGACAGACUCCACCUAUUACAGCACCCUCUCAGAGGAGUCCAGUCCAUGCUAUUCCGGUUUCAUCGAUAGUCUCACAACCAAACCCGCUUCCGGUGUCGAAAACCCAAGAAGUGGCUCCUAAGACAGUAAUCCCACCGACUACCGCUGAAGUUCCCAAAAAGCCAGAGGAGAUGCCAUUGAGGAUGACCAGGAACCGAGCUCAAAUGCUGGCCAACCAAAGCAAGCAGAACAACUCUGCUAUUGCUUCUAGCGUGACAUCAUCUGCAUCUUGUCUUGGCACUAUCGGAACCCCCUCCAUCACCACCACAGCCUCCUCUGUUCCUGUUGAAAAAGAAAAGGAACCACCCAUCUCCACAUCUACUCCUGUCUCCAAUUCCAUUACCGGAGUGGUGGUUAGCAAGAACAAAGGCCGGCUCGUGGAGGAGGACGAUCCCCAGGCACAACAUCCACGCAAGAGAAAGUUACCCAAGGCAGGCUCGCAGCAGGUUCAAGUUCAGUUGGUUAACACUGCCAUGCAGCAAACAAGGGAGAUGAUUCAGCAGACACUGGCUGUCAUUGUCAAUGCCAUCAAACUCGAUGACAUUGAACCCUACCACAGUGACCGCUCCAACCCCUACUUCGAGUACCUGCAGAUUCGGAAGAAAAUCGAGGAGAAGCGGAAAAUCUUGUGCUACAUCACUCCACAGGCCCCUCAGUGUUACGCUGAGUAUGUUACCUACACCGGCUCUUACUUGCUGGAUGGCAAGCCCCUCAGCAAAUUGCAUAUCCCCGUGAUUGCGCCACCACCCUCUUUGUCCGAGCCUUUGAAGGAGCUAUUCAGACAGCAAGAGGCAGUCAGAGGGAAGCUGAGGCUACAGCAUAGCAUUGAAAGGGAGAAGCUGAUAGUGUCAUGUGAACAGGAAGUCUUACGGGUCCAUUGCAGAGCUGCAAGGACGAUAGCUAACCAGGCUGUCCCCUUCAGUGCCUGUACCAUGCUGUUGGAUUUGGAGGUGUACAACAUGCCUUCUGAAAGUCAGGGUGAUGAGAACAAGUCGGUGAGAGACCGCUUCAACGCCCGUCAGUUUAUUUCCUGGAUUCAGGACGUAGAUGACAAGUAUGACCGUAUGAAGACAUGUCUGUUGAUGAGGCAGCAGCACGAGGCAGCCGCCCUCAAUGCCGUGCAGAGGAUGGAGUGGCAGCUGAAGAUGCAGGAGCUGGACCCUGCUGGACACAAGUCCUUGUGUGUGAACGAGGUCCCCUCCUUUUACGUGCCAAUGGUCGACGUAAACGAUGACUUUGUGCUGUUGCCCGCAUGACAGGGAAAUGGUCUCACCUUUGUGACGUCGCCAUUAAAAACGAACAUAUGGUAAGGGCUAGCCAUCUGAAAAGGAAUUAUUUCUCGAAGAUCAUUACGUGUAAAGGAACAAAACUUGCUAAUGAUUCCCAUCUUCAAGAGGAGGAAGCAUUUUUUUUUUUACCGGGAGAACACGACUGCACUUUCAUCCAGUUCUUUUGUUCAGAAAAAAAGCAAAAUGACUUUGCUUUGAAGCAAACCGUCUUUGGUUGAUCCUUGGUAAGGAGAGAAUAAAAUAUUUUUAGUCUUCUUGAAAAUACAAACCAGACUGAGAAGAACCCUCCUUUAAUUGUGGAUCAGAACCAGCAAGGGGUGGAUCUGCAAAAGACCUAAGAUGGAGGAAAAUAAAAGGGCAGCAGUGAGAAUGGACAAGAGAAAACCUCAAGCUUCUCCUACUGUAAAGGGCGAAGUGUACCCAAGUCACUCCUGGAGGGGGCGGGGAGAGGGGCUUUCCACCAGUAUCUUCUUCCAUGCAAGGUUCAGCUGAGCCCCCGCACGGUCGUACAGGAUCAGCCCUGAAGCCUGCUGGUGCAGGAGGCACCACAGCAGAGCACGAACGGGUUGUCCGCGGUGUUCAGGUCCGUGCCCCAGGCCGUAGGCGUGUACGGGCCCCACAGCCGUCCCCGUAGGGAGGAGAGGAGGCGGGCUGCCUCCAGAGGGAGUCUGACCACGAGUUUGCAUGCAGGUUGAAUCGGCCUCUACCUUCACGUCUCACAUACCUGUUCAUUGCAGACAAAUGCAUGAGGAAAAGAGGAAAAUUAAACCCAUGGUGACAAGAGGUAAAGACUAAACGGUUAGCAGAAAAAAACCUUUACUCGGGCAUUUCAUUGUUUCUCUUUCUGAGAAAGUGACUUGAAACACUACAGAGCCAAUGUUAGUUUAAAGGAAAAAACUAAAUUGUAUCCCGUAAAUUCUGUACAGUUUUUAUAUACGUUAACCAAUGUAUUCUCGCUGCCUUCUAGAUAAUUUAUUUUGCCACACAUUACUGCAAAGUUGUAAAUAACUUAUGUACUGUAACUUCACUCUCAGUUAAGUGUAAAAAAUUAAUAAAAUUAUCUUUGUAUGUACAGUUCACCUUUGGGAAGCACUUUCCCCUGUAACAAUGGGCCAAACCAUGUACCCACAUUCAGUAUUUUAAAGAGAGUCUCCUGUCCACAAGCUCAAAAGGUCCUUCACAUUCUGUCCAGUCCUGGUUAAAACUGGUCAGAAGAAGGUAGUUCAUAGCCAGAUCACAGCUUAUAACCCCCUUUUCACAUAAAAUAGUUCUCAAUAAAAAAUUAAAAAAACACAAUCUUACUCCAGAAUGGGUUUUAGAUUAGUCAAGGUCUAGUAAUGAUGUAUUACACUUUUUUUUUUUAAACAUAAUUAUCAAAGUUUUAAAAAUUUAAUCUAAACCGAGAAAAUGCCUUUCUGUCGAAGUUUCUUAGUCAAGCAAUUCAAAAGCCAAAUUAAUGUACAACAAAUAAGGUUCUAGUCAAUUCUGUCCUACUGUAGAAAUGGCAAAGAUUUCCACUAUACCAUACAGUGAUAUACAUGUAUUAAAAUUUUAAUUAUUACAUCUGAGUUUUAGUUAAUGUAUAUCUGUGAUUAUAGGCACAUUACACCUGCUAUAGGUUACAUAGUAUUGUAUCCAUUGGAAUAUGGUAGCCUGCCUGUUAUUCUUUAUCCCCAAUUUUAAUAUAUAUAUUUUUUUUUGCUAAGCUGUGCAGUAGGCUUAUUGUAGUUAUAAUAAUUUGCAUAUAGUAUUUAACUGAGUGGAGUGAGGUUUUAGUUCGUUUUUAAUUUGCGAUAUAAAAUGUAAAAGGUUAUAAAACAUCCUUUCUAAAACAACACUUUGUUUGCAUUUGCUUUAAUUUGAAGAAAGUGCUAUUUUUUCCCCUAAGUAUUUUAUUAGCACAGUUUUACAAACCAGAGAGCGAUUUUUUUUUUUUUUUUUUUGGUCCUAAGUGUUGUGUCCCCCCCCCCACAGUCAGAAGGUGGCACUAAAGAGAAGCUAUUGGUUACUAAACUGAAAGUUUUGCGGUUUCUGUCAUGACAAGGUAGACUUGCAUAUUUCUCUAGCCUUCUCCAGAUGUCAGUUAAUUGUUUUUGUUAAGGGGAUAGGCCUUGCUCAUUUAUAAUGGUGUAUUUUUUAAUAAUCUUGUAGGCACGGCAUCCUUUUUACCUUUCCCAGAGAACCUGCUUUAAAUUGUUUAGGUCCUCCUCUCCAAGAGCAGGUUUUCUCUGCACACCGCACUGAUGUAAUAUGCUGCAUACCAAAUAUACUAACAUUUGUCAAAAUUACAAACUUUCAGCUCUGUGGAGGGAGACAAAUUCAGUUUUACUUAUUCGUGACUUUCACUUUUACUCAAUUUUUUAAGCCACAGUUUGAAAAAAGUCAGUAAUCAGGCCUUUAUGUUUUGUACAAUUUGAUUGUAAGGUAUAUUCCUGUGUUUAGGUACUCUGUGUGCGGGUCUUUAAUCCUUAUGGUUUAACAGGAUGGUUUUUUUAAGGAUUUUAUUAUUUUACAGAUAAUCAAUAUCUUAAUACACCAGAUACACAUAAGGCAGUAUAACUGAACAAAUGUGACAUCCUAAAAUAUCUUAGGACACUUUUGACUCACAGGUAAAAGUAUAACAUUUUAUCUUUUACUGGUUGUGAUUAGUUAUUCUUGUCCCUUUACACUGACCCUUUUAAUGUUUGAAAUGUGUGAUAAAAUUGGUUUGUGGGUCUUUGUUUUACCACAGAAGCUUAUAUAAAUAUCCUCUCAUAAUUCAUGUACAUCCAUUUUAUUACUCCCGCUAUUGUGGUAUAUUGCCGAAAGAUGAUGUUGUACACAAUUACCUGCAGUGGAUAAACAAAAUUGUCAAUUUUCAUUUGCAUUCCAGAGAAGUCUAAACAAACUUCUCUGGACUGGAUUUGGCAAAGUUAUGCAUUUUUGCCCCCCCUCUCCCCCUGCAUUGGAUGAUCAUGAUAAUAGUCUUGAACUCUGUGCUAAGCAUAAAUACUUCCAACAUAGUAUUUAAAUAGAAUGUAUUCCUUCCAUAAGUCCCGCCUCCCUAUUGUCUAACAGUUAUGACUAAGUGGUUAUGACACAUGCGGUUUUAUUUUCCCCAGAUGUGUUUUUUUGUUUUUAUUUCUUUUUUUUCCCAUUCAAAACAGAGGCUUGAAAUUGUGAGGAUCCAUUGUCCCAGACCCUUUGUUAUACUGUAGUCUGUGCUGUUUGGAUGCUGUUACCUAGGCACAAAUAUGGCUACUUGGCAUCUCUUCAUGCUAUUUAAAUGGCAGCAUCCCUGCCAUCUGGUUCACAUCUGCUUAUAGUACCUUGUACCUGUCAUAUUAAGGGUUAUCCAGUAUGACGGCACCCGUCUUGCUUGGCUAAAAAUAAAGUCCAUUUUCCAUUCAUCUAAUUGGCAUCUUAAAUAUACAUUGGACUUGGUCCUAUUUCAAGAGCAUCCUUACGGCCAAAAUUAAGCCUCGCACUUAUUGCAGUGGAAUAUCUGGCAGUGCUCUCGCCCGUUUCGUGACCUCGCAUUGUCGUCCCACAACACCUUACCUCUACUUUUUCAGCUGGACAGAAUGCUGAACCAUUUAAGUCACAGUUUCAAGCCUUGGUUCCCGCUUAUCUGUUACUUUCCCCUUCUAUAUUAACCUAAACCGGACAGUAGCUGUGUUUAAAAGGAUUGAAAUCAUAACAACGCAUGGAGAACUACUCUUUAAAUGGUGAAAUGAUAACCUAUUUAUUAUCUUUGACACCUGUGGUAUGUUGGAGCAGUCUCAGAUGUGUAAAUUUCCCUCUUGUAAUGCAUAAGCGAGACGUUGUACAUAGAUGUAAAUAUCUCCCAGGACAUUUUGCACCCUUCUCUUUGUACUAGUUUAAACUUGCGUAGAAUGUGGGGUUCUAACAGCAAUGAGACAGUGCGCUCGCUGCCGGUGAUGUAACAAUGUAAUUUUUUUUCCUUUUUUUGUACAAUGUAGUUCAAUUGUGUACAUAUUGUUAGAGCAGCUAUUGGAAGGGGGGCGGGGUUUGUUGAUGCUGUCGUCAGUGCUGUAACAUCUCCAGUACUGUUACGUCUAGCUGUGUUGAUUUACUGCAAAAACAAAAUGAGUAAAAAAAAAAAAAAAAAAAAUUAAGGAAAAAAAACUAAACGGAAUUAAAAAAUAAAAAUUAUUUUCUACAGUUGCAUGUACAGAGAGCGGGAAAAAUGCUGUUGUCCCUCAGAGAUUAUGUUCGUAAAUAAAUUUUAAAAAUACA